UAUAAAGCAGUAACCAGGCAUUGUUUUCGUAAAUUCUAGAAUGUCUAAAUAGUAAUAAUUUAACAUAAUAUUUUUGUACUAAUGGAAUCUAUUGUUUUUAAAUAAAAUAUAAAUUACGAUUAAUUCAAGAGUUUUCAUUAAUCCUGUGCUCAAAUACGAGAUAUUAAUAACUUGUGCAAUAUAGGAAUACGAGAAAGAAAUCUAAGCUUACAAACAAGUUAGUUUUGUUCAAAAUUUUACAUCAUGAAAAUAUAUCCGUCAGAUAAAGAUUAUAAAAGAUGAUAAAGCAGAUGUUAUGUAUAUCAUCAGUUUUCUUGAUAUCAAGGUUAUGUAUUGAUAAACCUUGCCCUUAUCUAAAAGAGAUAAUCAUCAAGAGAUAAACUGGAUGGAAAAAUGUUGCAUCCAUGGAUUAGAUAGUGACAAAUUGCUCUUUAAAUAAGCCGUCAAUAAGCCGUCGUUUUAUCUUUAUAUUUAUUGAAAAUUGAUAAUUGUACUUCAUAUUGUAUUUUAUUAUAUACUUGUCAUUUGCUGAAAUGAACCUUUUCGUUUUGGUAUUAUGGAUUUCAACUUUGACUUGCAUACAUUGCCAAGUUAUAACCCUAAAUGGAGCAUGGAGAGGAACUAUCAAUACUUGUGGCAAAAAAUUCUUUGAAGGAUGCAACAAUGGUACUAAUUUCAGUGCAACUGUUCCUGGAGGAAUUUAUACAGAUUUACAGAAGAAUAAUAUAAUAGAGAAUAAUUUAUAUGGAAGAAAUGAUGUCAAUAAUCGUUGGGUCGGGAAUCAAUCAGUGACUUAUAUUAAAAAUUUUAGUGUGAGCAGUAAUUUUUUAAAAGCUCGCAAGAUAGUCUUGGUUUUUCACGGAAUUGACACAUUUGCCAAUAUUUCUUUGAACGACUAUGUGAUUGGAGAAACCUCAAAUAUGUUCUUAAGAUAUAGUUUUGAUGUGACAGAUUCUAUCAAGAAAGGGGAAAAUCUAUUAAAAGUCAUAUUUCAUUCACCUGUUAAAGUAGCUGAAAAUAUGUACAAUGAACAGAAGAAAAAUUAUAUUGUACCACCAGUAUGUGUACCUAAGGAAUAUAAUGGACAAUGUCACGUAAAUCAUAUUCGGAAAAUGCAAGCCAGUUUCUCAUGGGAUUGGGGACCUGCUUUUCCUUCGAUGGGCAUUUGGAAGGAUGUGGAAUUAAUUCCUGUAAAUGAUAUAUUAAUUAAUGACAUUACAACUGACAUACGCAAAAAGAAUGAUAUCUGGAACAUUCUCGUCACAAUAUUCCUUGAGACAACACAGAAUAAAGACGAAGUUAGUUGUCACGUAGCGUCGAUAUUGCAUAUUUCGCAAAGCAAACUUAUCAGUAAUACCAGCGAAAUUGUAUUCGAUACAAGUAGGAAAUCCAUAAAUAUUAAUAUUUCACUCAACGUGCCUGCAGAUGCUGUUGAAAAUUGGUGGCCGAAUGGUUAUGGCAAGCAACAUCUAUAUUACUUAACUACCACUGUGACAACGACAAACGACGUACUGUACAAACGGAUUCGUAUAGGAUUCAGAACGGUGGAAUUAGUGGAAGAACCUUUAAAGAAAGGAUUGAGCUUCUAUUUUCGUAUAAACGGCAUACCGAUCUUUGCUAAAGGCAGCAAUUUUAUUCCAGCCAGUGUUUUUCCUGAAUUAGGCGCAAAGGAUAGCACCAUUAGGCAUUUGUUGUUGUCCGCCAAAGAAACACAUAUGAAUAUGCUGAGAGUAUGGGGUGGUGGUGUUUAUGAAUCGAAAUUAUUUUACGACUUGGCCGAUGAAUAUGGAAUCAUGAUCUGGCAAGAUUUCAUGUUUGCAUGUUCCAUGUAUCCUACGAGCGAUUCAUUCUUGGAGAGCAUAAGGGAAGAAACACUGCAGACCGUGAUACGUUUAAAGAAUCAUCCAAGCAUCGUGAUUUGGGCUGGUAAUAACGAAAACGAGGCAGCGCUUCAUGAUAAUUGGUAUGGCACAGGUUCUGCUCAGAUAUAUAGAGAAGAUUACAUGAAACUUUAUGUAAAUUUAUUGAAGACGGAAGUGGAGAGACUAGACCCUACAAGACCAUUUGUCGUGUCUAGUCCGGGCAACGGAGCAUAUGAGAAAACGUAUAAUUACACCGGAGUGAGUCCUUCUUCGAAUCUUUAUGGCGAUGUUCAUUACUAUAAUUACCUUAGGAAUGGUUGGGACAUCACUCAGUAUCCUCGAGCAAGAUUCUGCUCCGAAUAUGGGUUCCAAGCUUGGCCAUCGAUAUAUACAAUAGCGACCGCUAUAGAAACCGUGAAAGAUCUUCGUGUUGACAGUGACUUUGUAAACCACAGACAACAUCAACCACUCGGCAAUCAGUACAUGCUGUUGUUGAUCUUGCAUAAUUUUGCUGUACCGCAAAGUAAUGACAGCAUCCGAGAUUUCGCGAAUUAUGUAUAUCUCAGUCAGGUCAAUCAAGCUGUCUCUAUAAGGAUAGAAACGGAAGCAUAUAGGCAAGCUAAGUCCGAGGUAAAUUCUAUUGGUGAGGGUAAAACAAUGGGAGCUCUCUAUUGGCAACUCAACGAUGUCUGGCAAGCUCCUUCAUGGUCGUCUAUAGAUAUCGAAGGUCGUUGGAAAAUGCUCCAUUAUUAUGCUAAGGAUUUUUUCGCUCCCGUUAUCGUUACAUCAUAUUUGUCUGUUUCUAAGGAACUUUCAAUAUAUGUAGUAUCUGAUAAAUUAUAUACUUUAACAAAUUGUACAGUAAAUGUUCGUGUUUAUAAAUGGGAAUUCAUGAAAUCUAUAUUUACUUUAUCUUUUGAUAAUAUUAUAGUAGAAUCAAAUGAAGCCGUGAAAAUUGUAUCUUUCUGGUUAGAAGCAUUCUUGAUUGAAGCGGGUUGUGGAUCAUGGGAAUCUGUCAAGAAAUCUUGCAUAGCCACUUUGUCUCUCACAGAUAAAUCUGGAACCCUAAUCGCGCCAUUGAAUUACAUAUAUCCUGAUGCAUUAAAAAAUGUAGAUAUACCAGUAGCCAAUGUCACUAUAAAGGUCGAAGAGAAUCAUUUACCUGGGAAACUUUCCAAUUAUGCAGAUUUUAAAGUUGUAUUAACGACAGAUAAUAUAGCAUUAUUCGUGUGGUUGGAAGUAGGCAAUAUACGUGGUCGUUUUUCGGAAAAUGGCUUUCAUAUGUUUGAGGAAAAGAAAGAAAUUAUUUUUUAUGCGCACGAGAUGAUUACAACAGAAUUAUUACAAAAUAAUAUAAAACUUACACAUAUAUCCGAUAUAUAUAGACAAUAAUUUUAACGGUAACUAAAAAAGAACAAAUUUUGGACAGUACGUAACAUCUAAAUGUUUUCGUAAUAUUUACAUAUCAUUUGAAAAUUACUAUAAGAAUUGUAUAUACUGUGCCUUGCAAAUAAAGUUUUUAUUAUGAUAAAUAAA